AAUUUAAAGUAGGAUGGAUUUCAUUUGCAUUUGUGCAUUUGCAUUUGCAUUUGCAUUUGCUUCGGCAGUGCAUAUAAAUAUCUGCUGUUCUUGUCUUUUGUGUAAAAAAAUAGAUAAUAGAAAAGAAAAUUUUCUCCCACUUUCUUGUUUUCUCUCGGAGAUAAUUCUCUCUCUCUCUCUCUCUCUCUCUCUCUCUCUCUCUCUUUCCUUCUUCUUCUUCUUCGAUAUAAUUUAUUUUUUCACAUAGCUCAAAAUCAAACUGGGUCUGAUAAGGUAUCAAUGCUCGCCUUUCUUUUCCCUAGCUGGGCGCUUCUGAGGAUCAGUCUUCUCUAGCUAUUGCUCAUCGAAUCCAAAGCAAGGAAACUAAUAUGGCAACUGAAAUGGUUCUCAGUUUUGCAACAGAGGAAGUAUUAAAGAAGGUGGGUUCACUGGCAUCUGAAGAAAUAAAGCUUGCGUGGGGUUUCAAGGGCGAGCUCAAAAAUCUUGAAGGAUCACUGAAAAUGAUUCAAGCUGUACUGCAUGAUGCCCAGAAACGGCAAGUAAGGGAAGAGACUGUUCAAAUUUGGCUCAAGGAUCUUGAAGAGAUAGCUUAUGAUGCUGAGGAUGUUCUGACUGAAUUCUCUUACGAAAUGCUCCGACGUCAGGUAGAAAUUCAAAAUCAAGUUAUGGAAAAGGUACGCUACUUCUGUUCAUUCUUUAGCCCCAUCGUGUUCCGUAUCAAGAUGGCUCAUAAAGUGAGAAAUGUCAAUAUCUCACUGGAAAAAUCUAAGAACGACGCAAAUAGCUUUGGGCUUAUAUUGAUGUCAUCUAAAGAUCCAAUUUCUCAAAUAAGAGCGAGUCGAGAGACCAACUCCGCCGUAGAUGAUUCAAAAUUUGGAAGGGAAAAUGAUGUAUUAAAUAUAGUAAACAUUGUGACUAGCUCAUGCAGUAAUGGUCUCUCUGUAAUUCCAAUAGUGGGUAUGGGAGGCAUCGGGAAGACUACGCUUGCUCAACUAAUCUACAAAAAUGAGCGAGUAAAAGUGCAUUUUGACGUGAGAAUUUGGGUCUGUGUAUCUGAAAAUUUUGAUGUUAAAAGGAUUCUAAAAGAGAUUUUGGAAUCUCUUACCAAGGAAAGUUGCGGGAUUGAAAAUUUAGAUAUCAUCCUUGAAAACAUUAAGGAUAAGUUGGAAGGGAAAAAAUAUCUUCUUGUAUUAGAUGAUGUUUGGAAUGAUGUUGAGAAUAAGUGGGAAGAUUUCCGAAAUCGUCUGCUGCCAGUGAGUUCAAAAAAAGUGGGAAACAGCAUUGUUGUGACUACUCGAAGCCACAACGUGGCUUCAAUUAUGAAGACACUUAGUCCUCAUCACUUGGGGAAACUAUCAGAAGAAAAUUGUUGGGCGAUAUUUGAGAGAAUGGCAUUUGUAGAUGGUGGAGCACUGAAGACUCAAGAUUUUAUUGAUAUAGGAAGGGAUAUUGUGAAAAAAUGUGGGGGCGUGCCACUAGCAGCAAAGGUGCUGGGAGGGAUCAUGCGUUUUAAGAGGGAGAAGCAAGAGUGGUUGUCCAUUUUGGAAAGUGAAACAUGGAAUUUACCAGAAAGUGAGGAUGGGAUCAUAGCAGCAUUGAAGUUGAGCUUUGACAAUUUGCCAUCAGCUUCUUUGAAACAAUGCUUCGCAUACACUGCAAUUUUCCCCAAGGAUUAUGUCAUUGAGAGAGUAAAACUAAUCCAACUAUGGAUGGCUCAAGGAUUUCUUGAGUCAUCUCAAGAGUGCCGUUUGGUGAUGGAAGACAAAGGUAAUGUGUACUUCAAUGUCCUGUUGCAGAAUUCCUUGUUUCAAGAUGUUGAAAGGGAUGAAUGUGGGGAUAUCGAAACAUGCAAGAUGCAUGAUCUUGUGCAUGACCUUGCGCAAUCCGUUUCCAAAUCUGAAAUCCUGGUUUUGGGGGACGGAUAUCAGGGGAAUGAAAUCCCUGCACUCCGACAUUUAUCAUUGACAUAUUAUGGAGAAGGAAAGCAAAUAGUUAGGAAGGGCAAAGGUAAAAAAUUACGCACCUUAAGGGUUGUUAAUUUUUCCGAUGAGGAAGUAGUUUACCCAAAAUGCUUGAGAGUUUUAGAUUUAAGCUGGAGUAAAAUUGUGGUGCUGCCAGAUUUUGUUGGGAAGUUGAAACAUUUAAAGUACCUUGAUGUCUCCCGUACUGACAUUGUAAGAUUGCCGGAUUCAAUUACCAAGCUAUACCAUCUGCAGACGUUGAAUAUAGAGUUAUGUUAUAAGCUGCAGGGGCUACCAAAAGAAAUGAGAGCAUUAAUCAACAUGAGACAUUUAGGACUUGACCCGGGCAAUGCAGUGAGAAUAAUGAAGGAUGGACCGAUUGAGAUGAGGCGGUUAAUUCAUUUGCGGACGUUACCGGUGUUUGUGGUGGGUCGGGGCAGGGGACGCCGAAUUGAAGAGCUGGAACCCUUGAACGAGCUCAGAGGACAAUUAUGGAUUUGCGAUCUACAGCAUGUGAGGGGUAAAGAAGAAGCUGAAAAGGCAAAUUUGAAGGGAAAGAAAAACAUUGAAACAUUGGUGCUUCAAUGGGGAUGGGCUAAUGGUGGUCGUGGUGAUAAUGAUGAUGUGUUGGAAGGGCUGCAACCACACUUAGAUCUGAAGCGGUUUAAAAUAUAUGGGUUUGGGGGUAUUGCUGUGUCACCAUCGUGGAUGGCGAAGUUGUUGAAUCUUCAGGUGUUCGAGAUACACUGGUGCCCUAAAUUGAAAUCCAUUCUUCCCCCAAAUUUAGAGGGCUUCCUGCCCUCCCUUCGAGAGCUGAAAGUCGGCCGGUGUGAAGAAUUGACGUCUCUGCAAUUCUGUACAUCUCUCAAGAAAUUAAGCAUAGAGAGCUGCCCAAAUCUGGAAUCCAUGCCGGCUGAUUUACUAAAAUUGCACUCCCUCUCAGAUUUAUGUAUUGGUGAGUGCAAAAGAUUGAGCAGUUUGCCAGAAGGGCUAUUGUGCUGCCUCCCCGACUUGAAGAGGCUAGUGAUCGGAGGGUUUAAUGAGGAGCUGGAUAGUUUCCCCUCACUUCUCUGCAGCACCAACCACCACCGCCACUGUCACCACCAAUUCCAGCUUGAAGGCCUAUUACUGUUUGGCUGGCCUAAGCUCAAGUCUCUGCCCAACCAUGAACAUGAACAACUUCUUCCCCGCCUCUCUUCCCUACAAUUUCUCCUGAUUGAGAAGUUUGGUCUUUUGGAAGCUCUACCGGAGUUGCUUCCGACAAACCUUCGAAGUCUAUUUCUUAAGGAUUGCGAAGACAAUGAGCAUCUGGUGGAAUCCGUGCGAAGCGUCGCCAAAUCAAGAAACUUGACUGUUAAUGGUUACAGGCCAAAUCAAGAAACUUGACUGUUAAUUAAUAGAAGAAUUUAUAUUUUCAUUUAUACUAUGCUAAAUGAGAAUUUUCUUACUUUCUUUUCAUUUCCUUUUUUUUUUUUUUUAUUUCAUUCUCUUUCUCCUCUCUUAGCAUUGAGAAAUUAUUUUGCAUUUUUUUUUUAAAUAGCGCUUUUGAAUAUUAAGUGUAUGUAAUUUAUUGAACUAAAAUAUAUAUUAUAAUACAAUUAUAUAUUAAAUUUGUUAAA